AUGCUCACCAAUGUUGUGGCAUCGGCUUGCUGCCUUCCAAUUCAGGAAACUCAUUAUGCCGGUAGAUCUGCGCUCCCUUCUCACUCAACCCACCAAAUGUCAGUUCAUCUAUUCCCGUCUCGAUUUUCGCAAUCCCCGCACCUCAUGUUGCUUCCAUGCAGACUGUAUCACCUGGGGGUCUGCCGUGGGAGGAGAGGAGGACAUCAUGCAACGUCGGACACACAUAGCCGAGAAGCAAACACGGCAGUAUCUGGACCUCCUCGUAUCCCGGAUGCCGGCAUUCGGCGGCAUUGCAUAUCGGCCGUACAAUGCUGUCGAUCCUGACGGGAUCGGAAUCAUCUCGAGUCACGAAACGAGGUCAUCCGAUCGAGACCCUGAAAAAACACCUGCCAAGCCCUACGAAAGGGAAACACACGAUGGCCAGGAGCCAGAGAACAUCACGGACCAGAUCCCGCACUCUCUGCUCGAGGAAUUGGCACCAAAUGGCGAAUACGAGCACAUCCUCUCCAAAAUCAACGCCAUGUCAACGGAAGAGGCCCUGGCCAUCAUCCGUGAAUCGCUUACUUUCCACGCCGAUGACUGGAACUUUCCCACUGUCAUGCGGACAAGAAUGCAGAGACUGGUGAAAGAGAGCCCGAAAGAGUACGGCGACUUUUAUGAGCGAGAUCUCAGAAUCGAUGCUGUCAUGAUGCGCUGGUCCAGCCCCUAUCCGGGGGUUAGAGCUGUGGCUGAACUGACUGACAAUGACUCCACCCCCGUAGAGACCAUUAGGGCUUACUUUCUGGGUAUAUCGUGGGCUGUGAUUGGGACCUUUAUGGCGACGUUUUUCAACUCGAGAUUUCCGAGCAUCACUCUUAGUGGGAGUGUUAUUCAGAUUCUUUUGUACCCGUGUGCAAAGGUCCUCGAGUAUGUCCUUCCGGACUGGGGAUUCACGGUGUUUGGGACGAGACACUCGCUCAAUCCGGGGCCGUGGACGUUCAAAGAGCAAAUGUUUGCGACGAUUACCUACAACAUCGCUAUUUAUACCACCAAUUCGUAUGGGAUGAUCCUCGUCCAGAAGAUGCCCAUUUUCUACGGCCAGAGCUUUGUCAACUAUGGCUACCAGCUCAUGCUGACCCUGUUCGUUCAGCUCAUGGGGAUGGGUUUUGCAGGAUAUCUCCGCCGGUUCUCAGUAUAUCCUGUCAAAGCCCUCUGGCCCACCAUCCUUCCCACCAUUGCCAUGAAUCGAGCAUUGACCAGGCCAGAGCCCAAAGAGAACAUUCACGGUUGGACCAUAUCCCGGUACAACUUCUUCUACGUCUGCACGGUAUCCAUGGCGAUCUACUACUGGCUGCCGGGUUAUCUUUUCACAGCCCUCUCCACCUUCAACUGGAUGACCUGGAUUGCUCCCGAGAACUUGACUUUGGCCAUUUUGACUGGCUCAUCUCUUGGGUUAGGUCUCUUUAACCCAAUCACCACUUUUGACUGGAACAUUGCUACAUCUUCCUUUGCCGCCCUCGCCAACCCUUUCUUCGCCACAGCAACUGAAUGGUGCUCCGCUUGGCUCGGAGCGGCAGUCAUCCUGGCCAUCUUUUACAACAACAUGAAUCACUCUGCCUACCUCCCCAUCAACUCCAGCUCGGCCUUUGCCAACGAUGGGAAACCGUACCGUGUGCAGAAUGUCAUCUCAGCAGACAACAAGCUCGACGAGCAGAAGUACCAAACCUACUCCCCGCCGUUCUACUCUGCCGGAUACAUCCUGACUGUCGGAGCCAACUUCGCGUUUUACCCAGUGUAUUUCUUGUACAUCAUGGUCAACCAGUGGACGACGGUGGGCAAGGCCUAUGUUGACUUUUACCAGGGGCUGAGAAGGGGGAAAGGGAACUAUGAAGGGGCGAUGGAUGUCCAUUCGAGGCUGAUGAGCCGGUACGCCGAGGUGCCAGACUGGUGGUUCAUCUUCAUUUUGGUGGCGGCCAUUGUCGUGUCGGUGAUUUUCUUGAGGAUAUAUCCACUGGAAACACCUGUGUGGCUUGUUUUCCUCAUGAUAGGCAUCAACAUCAUCUUUGCCGUCCCGCUAUCUCUGUUGUCGGCCACCACGGGGACCAACCUGGGGCUUGGGAGUCUGAUACAGGUGCUGACGGGGUAUCUUCUGCCCGGGAACCCCAAUGCUUUCUUGUUUGCGCAAACCUUGGGCAGCUGGGCGUUGGCCGGUUACGGAGACAACUAUGUGCAAGAUCAAAAGAUGGCCCACUAUGUCAAGAUCCCGCCGAGAGCCGUGUUUAGGAGCCAGAUUGGGACGAUCAUCAUCACCUGUUUUGUUGCGGUUUCGACCCAAAACUUCAUCAUGGAGAACGUGAAGGGCUUGUGCGAGCCGGACCAGCCGAGCAGGUUCACCUGUGCUGCUGACGGUGCACCGCUGUAUGCCAGCAGCUUGAUGUGGGGAUUGCUGGGCAGCGAGAGGAUGUUUGGUGCCAUGUAUCCGAUGUUCAAGUGGUGCUUCUUGAUCGGGACGGGCAUUGCGGUAGUGUUUCUGGUCGGGCAGGGAUACGGGCCGAAAUACCUGCCCGGCAUCAAAGAAAGACUGCGGGGAAGACUGAGGCCAAGGACAUUUGCGCAGCUUGACAGGACAAUCUUUCCUUUCGUGGCCAGCCUGUUGUGGUUGAACCCCGUGUUGAUCAUCCACGGAUUCCAACACUGGGCGCCGUCCAAUCUGAGCUACAAGACGCCCGGGUUCAUCCUGAGUUUCAUUUUCAUGUACCUGCUGCCAAAAUACCGGCUGGCAUGGUGGGAAAAGUACAAUUACGUGCUUUCUGCCUCGUUGACGGCAGGCGUCGCCAUCAGCGCCCUCAUCAUGUUCUUUGCUGUGGGAUACCACCCCGUGAAGCUGGAUUGGUGGGGGAAUCGGGUCAGCCACGCCGGCAUGGACGGGAAGAGUGUGGGGAUCCUGCCGAUUCCCGAGAAGGGGUACUUUGGACCGGAGCGGGGCCAGUUCCCGUAG